AUGAGGUGUUCCCUGAAACGAUCACUUGCAACAGCCAUUUCUCUCUUUCUGUUCCUACUAAUCAUGAAUCUGGCUUCUUGGCACCAUGAAGAUCUUGUGAUGAAUGAUGUUCGGAAGUGGGCUAAAACAGUGGGUCUGCACAAUAUUGCAACUCACUGGACCGUUUAUAGCCUCCGAAAGUUUAUCAAUGCCACCAACACGCUGAAUAUCUCUUAUGACUACCUUGCUGGAUUGCCUCCACUCCAGAAAAAGUUUCUGACAUUAGGACUCUGUUCUAUCCAGCGGAUGAGACAAAACUAUCUCCUGGAUACCCUGACAUCCAUCUUUGAACAAUCUUCAGAAGAAGAGCUGAAGGAAAUGGUGGUGGUGGUACAUUUAACGGAUACAGACCAUAAGUGGAAUUCUCAAAUGGCGUUGGAAAUUGCCAGAAGGUUUCCUGAUCAGCUCCAUCAGAGAAAUGUAGUAGUUAUCCACACACCUCUUGAGUAUUACCCUCCCUUGGAAGGCCUAAAAAGGAAUUUUAAUGAUCCUGAGGAACGGGUGCGCUUUCGAUCAAAACAGAAUGUUGAUUAUGCUUACCUCAUGAACUUUGCAUCCAACCUCUCCACCUACUACCUCAUGAUUGAGGAUGAUGUCCGUUGCACCAAACAUUUCCUCACAGUAAUCAAAAGAAAUCUGGCAUCCCAGGAGGGUACCUCUUGGGUCACUUUGGAAUUUUCCAAACUUGGUUACAUUGCCAAGCUCUACCAUUCUACUGACAUCCCCCGGCUUGCUCGAUUCCUCAUGCUCUUUUACCAAGAGAUGCCUUGUGAUUGGCUUUUUGUGCAUUUCCGUCUCCUGCUUACACAAAAGGAGGAAAUUCGUUUCAGGCAAUCCCUUUUCCAGCAUGUUGGUCACUAUUCCUCCUUCCAGGGCACACUAAACAAACUGAAAGAUGAAGACUUUGAAGAGGAUUUCUCUAAGAUCCCUGACAAUCCCCCAGCAGAUAUAAUAACCGAUAUUGGAACAUUUCAGGAUUAUACGCCCAGUAAGGCUUACAGUAGUGUGAUAGGCUACUUUUGGGGUAAGGCCCCUUCUGCUGGCAACUCCUUCACACUUCUCUUUAGGCAGGCUGCCCCCAUCUUCCGCAUCCAGAUCUAUACAGGCUCUCAGGAGUACCCAGAUUGCUAUCUCCAUGAAGGGCUUGUAGCAUUGGGCACUUACAAAUCACAUACAUCAAGACCAAGGUGUGCUAACUAUAUCCCCAUUGGGCACUUUGCCAAAGGAAAUUUUGACAAGCAGAACCUAGAGAAUAGUACCACCUUUGACCCUAAUUGUGUGCAUAUUUUGGUAACUAACACUCAGUCUGACUCAUUGAUCAUAAGUAACAUAAGCAUCUGGAUAAAGCCUAAAGCCUGACUCCAUUUGAAUCAUCAGGAUGUCUCACAGUAUAAGAACAUUGCUUACAGACAGAUCCUUUCUGGAUAUAAGAAUCAAAGAUGCAGUGGAAGAAAUCAGUUCUGUGUUCUCAGUCCUAAUGAUGAUAUAUCUGAUCAUCUUACAGCAUAAGAGCCCACUAACAAUGUUCUUCAAAUGAUGGCUACAA